AUUGCAAGCGACCUUUUGAGGAACCCUAAGCCAUGGGUUCAAAGGUUACAGCUAUGUUCUUCAUCUUCAUGAUUUUUAUGUUAAAUUCACUGCUACCAAUAUACGCUUGUGUUCCUUGUAGACCGCCGCCAUACCACCGCCCUGCCCCUCCGUCAACCCACCCUAAAAUUCCCCACCCCAACCCACCAACCACCAAACACCCACCACAUCAUGGAGGACCAUCUAAAAAGCCACCGGUUAUCUCACCUCCAGUUAUAUAUCCUCCACCACCAGAAAUAAUACCUCCAAUUACAAAUCCUCCAGUCAUUACACCUCCCAUCACAAACCCUCCAGUCACAUUCCCUCCACCUUCUUCCAUUCUUCCACCUAUCAUUGGCGGCCCUCCAGGUGGUGGCGGUGGAGGUGGAGGUGGAGGUGGUGGUGGUGGUGGUGGUGGUAGUGGUGGUGGUGGAAUUCCAGGUCUCAACCCUCCACCAACUACUCAACCAACUUGUCCUAUAAAUGCACUUAAGCUAGGGCUUUGUGUGGAUGUGCUUGGAGGUUUGCUAAAUUUGUCAGUUGGGAACCCACCUGAUACUCCUUGUUGCUCAGUACUACAAGGCCUUCUCGAUCUUGAAGUUGCGGUGUGCCUUUGCACUGCCAUUAAAGCUAAUGUUCUUGGCAUUAACAUAAAUAUCCCAUUCUCGCUCAGCUUGCUUAUCAACACCUGCGGGAAAAAUCUCCCCUCUGACUUCAUAUGUGCGCCCUAG